CGCGUGCGUGCGUGUCGACCGCGCUAUCCUUAUGCGCUGUAGAGAUUGCAAGAGGGUCGUGGUGUGUGGAAGUGGUGGUGGUGGUGUUGGCCCCACGGCCUGCUGGUUGCUGCCGGGCCCCGCUUCUCGACUUGCGAUGCACCUGCUCAAGUUUUAAAGAAAAACGUUUUUGUAGCUGCUCUCAAAGUCAACCAUGGCGGCCGCAGCAGUGGCGGCGGCAGUGUCGAGCAUCAACCCGCGGCAGGACUUCCCCGCGUGGCUGGCCGCUCACGGCGUGAGCCUCAGUGUGGCCGAGGCCGUGGACAGGGAGCUGGGCAUCGGCGACUACGAGGCGUUCCUGGCGUGCGCCGAGCAGCCCCACGUCAGGGCUGAGCUGUUCGCUGCUGCCAGGGAAAGGCUGCCCUUCGCCUUCUACGCUGUGCUGCGCCGCGUCACUGAGGCCUCGUCUCCCAAGCGCCACGACGGAGCAGGGGUAGCUGGAGGAGUACUCCAGGCCACUGCGGCAGCCACUGCUUUCCAACCGUUCCUCAGCGGCCUCCUGGACGCCAUCGUUCUCAUGCUCAACAGUCUGAGCCAGGAGCUGCUGCAGUCGGCCGAGAGGUUCAGCUGCCUGGAGCCUGCACUCUACCCUAAUGCUGUGGAAGAAGGCCUGAGCCCGUAUUUACAAGAAGACGAUGGAGGAGAAGUCUAUGAGACUGAUGCCCCUGCAGUGCCUGAUGGACCCCCUGAGGAUGCACAAGACAACCAAUCCCAGUCUUGGGAAGAUGGGGGCAAGUCAGAAUCUGAAGCAGUCCAGCAGGCCACUGAUCUGGAGGACAUGGAAGGGACAGAACAGCAGGAAUGGAGUGGUUACAACGUCAAAAUGGAGCAUUACGACAACGCUCAAGCUCGAGGUGAUGUUGGGAGCUUCCCAGAAGAUUCACAUGGUUUACAAGAAGUGGUAGAAACAGCUGAUGGUGACUACCGUGUGAAGGAUGUGAAGCUAGAAACUGGGCAAGCUUCAGCAGCAAACAGCUGGAAUCAAAGCGGUGAAAAUGAAACUGAAGCAGAUGAUGGUGGCCAUUCUGAAUCUUCGCGGCAUCCAUCUGAGACUGGGCGCCGCAUGACGGAGCGGCAAGCGGCGCUGCACCGGCGGGCUGAGUUGACGAACCGGGGAAGCGGUGGUGAGGCUGGCAGCUGGUCCUCCCCCGUGGCCGCUUAUCCACCCGGCGCCGCCUCACCUUGGGCGUCGAGGUCGCGUAUUCAAUCGCAGGGCAGCGGCGGUGGCCGUGCGGGGUCAGCACCACCCCGGGCUGCCAAACGGCGCAGGAGUGAUUCAGGUCACAAGAAGAUAAUAGAAUCUGAUCCAGGUGAGCCUCAGCUGGGUGCUUCAAAUUACGUGUCCAGAAGUUUACCCAUAGGCAGCCACUCGAAUUACGCUAGCUUCCCUUACCAUGCAGACGUGCACGGCAGUAACAAUAACAGUAGCAAUAGCAACAAUAGUAGCCUCUCGCUGGGCCAGUCGUGCGAGAUUCCGACCUCCAGCCAAGAAAACGCCGCAGCAUUGGACGCACUGCAGAGGGCGGAAGAGAGUCUGGAAAACGAGUCAAAGUACCGCGCGUACACGCAAUACAGGACCAUCGACGUCGCCGGUGGCAAAGAGUUCCAGUGCGAGCAGUGCGAGGAGUCAUUUCCCCACCUACACAUGAUGCGGGUGCACCUGCGCAAGCACACUGGGGAGAAGCUGUACACAUGCGAGUACUGCGGAAAGGAAUUUAUCAUCUCCAACAACCUGGCGCGCCACCGAAGGACGCACACGGGGGAGAAGCCAUUCGUGUGCGACGUCCUGCGGCAAGAAGUUCUGCAUAUCAUACAGCCUGAUCCGCCACAAAAAGACGCACGAACAGGGUGGGGGGGGCGAGCCUGAACUCGAGCCCGAAGUAUUGGAGUAAAAAAGGAGAACAAGCGAGUGUUUCAAGAAUAGUCAUCUGGUCCAACCCAUGUGAGACUAGGCUCUAAGGAAAGAUGUCUCGGGUGUGGACCAAUCAACUUCAAGGACAGUGCACAUUAUCAGAGUUAUGUUCUUUUGUUUGUAUUUUGACUGCAGGUAUUGCGGUCUAUGCAAACAUGACUCCUUGUAAAAAGGUGUCAGUUUUGUUGCCAGAUAUAAGGGUAAAAAACCAAUUAUCAUAUUGGACAAACUUGUUACGUCUUUCUACCAUCAUGCUAUAAAACUUACAAAACGGUAAUUAAAGUCGGGAUAAAUGUAUGUAAUUUAGUUUUUAAACUGAGUAGAAGUCAUCCUGUGGUGGCCUCUAAAAAGUCAGUAAUGCCAUAAUUUUACUCGAUAGCAAAUGUGAAUACACAUGUGUGGCCAUUUUUAUUUACUUCAUCGCAGCUGCAACAGAACUCCAAAAUGGAUUCCUCUGCCUAAUGGAGGGCGAGCACAUCUGGAAAUGUUGGUCUCGUUGAGGCGUUCCAUAUAACUACAAUUUUCUUAAUCACAAAUAAAUACUGGAAUUUGUGUGCUGUUGCUGGCUUGCAUAUAUUCAAGUUUUUUUGUCAAAUGCCUUAGUAAUAGGUACCGAGUAGAGAUAGAUUAUAUACGAUAACCUCGAGAGGCUAAUCCUUUUUAUUCAGAAUGAAUUACUAUUUUUAGGACUUAUUGUGAAUGGAUGUUAACAGGCAUUUUUUUUUAAAUGGGAAGUGAUGGUGCAUUACCUGCUGUUGGUGUUGACCCUACUUGGCAAUACUGGCUUGACAAUUGGGAAAAUAAAUACUCAGGGGAUAAUCACUAGAUUUCAGCUUAACUAAAGGGGACAUUUGGCACCCAGUAUAGCUCCAAAAGUAAAUUUGAAGGUGCAACUGGGUGGUGCCAAAUUUGCAGACGAGAAACGACUUUUGGCAGCAGCUUCUGAUAGCAGAAACCCCGUCUGUUUGGGUACCCUCAUCACUCGAAGCAACCAAAUAAGAACAUGCUGAAAUACAAGACACCACAACCACUACUGUACAUAUGAGCAACCUUAACCAGACAGAAUCAAGUCCUUCAUUAUUGGUGGUACUACACCCUACAUUUUCUGACACGUACCACCAUUGAUCUCUAAAUGUAUUUUUGCUGUUGUACAAUAUUCCUGUUGGCGUUAAAGUUAGGGACAAUGUAUACAAAUGUUUUAAUUGCAUACGACUUGAAUCUUUUUUAAUUAACUUAAAUGACAUUAACCUAUGGUAGGCUUUAUUGUAAAUAGUAUGUGAUGUUACAGCCACAGAAAAGAAUUGGUAAUACACUUUAAUGUAUUUUAAUAUUGAUAUUUUAGCUCUAGUGAGCUUGCCUUUCAAUGAAAUGCAAACUGCCCAAGAGAUGCCCACUGCUGCUUUAGGCAGCUUUUAAAAACGGCAAAAAAAUCCAAUAUUGAAUGCUUCCACAGUUUUUAACCCUUGUGUUAAAACAAACAUGUUGCUGGAAUUGGUAGAAUGCCGAACAUUUGAAUAGAAAUACUUUUUAAGUGUAUACAUGACUGCAUCUGUCCUUGCAUGGAUGAAGUUAACCAAGCUAAUUAAGCAUAUGGUAUAAAUAUUAUAAGAUGUAGUUGUCAAUUUUCUUGCCCAUUUGAUAACUGCGCCACAUUGUUAUUUUGCCUUUAUUUGUAUACACCUGAAACCUAUAAACUGCUUCAAUAUGCAUGCUUUCUGUAUUUGCAGUAAUACAUUGAUAUAUUUGAGAAUGUGUGAGCCUUAUGAAAUAAGGGAUGACUUGUACAAAAGUUGUAUAUUUUAAAGAUGCAUAAUCUUUCGACAUUAAACAUUGCUAUUGUGUACUCAAACAUUAAAAAUGUCUGCUUAGUCUCAAACAUGUAAUGCAA